AUGUCUGCGCUAUUCAACUUUAGCUCCUUUGUGGUGGUGCUGCUGCUCACGAUCUGCACGUGCACAUACGUCAAGGGAAAAGCGCCCUACCUCCUCAACGAGCGCACGGGGUUCCGGGGCCUGUUUUGGAAGUUUGCGCGCGUUGGGGAGCGGCUGAGCCCCUGGGUCUCAAUAGCCUGCAUGUUCAUGGCUUUCUCUGUUGUGUUCUUCUGA